UCCGGAGGCACAAAUGACCGAGGCUUCCUCCUUUUGUAAACAAACUCGGCGAGGCGAUCUGCCACAUUCGCCGCCGCUGCUGCUGCGUCUUGUAUGAUGGAUGCUGUAUAGUGCCGCCACCACCACCAAGCACCACGUCGGCUGGGCCAGCAUGGCGAGGGUGUCUCCGCUGUUGGAGCAGGAGCUGUCCGUGCUGCUGAGGGGCCAGGCGGUCCCCUACACGCAGAGCGACGUGUCGCCCCCCCAGGGCGCUCCUACCGACGCCGUCGCCCUGCGCACCAACGUCUGCUACAUCAUUGCUGCCGUUAUCCUCAACGACAAGAACGAGGUGCUGCUGACCCAGGAGGCGAAGCCGAGCUGUCGAGGUCGGUGGUACCUCCCGGCAGGCCGCCUCGAGCGGAGGGAGAGCCUGGUGCAAGGCUUGCAGCGUGAGGUGCGUGAGGAGACCGGACUCGAGUGCGAACCCUACACUCUGCUCAGGGUGGAGGAGAGCGGCCCGCGAUGGGUCCGCUUUGUGUUCCUGGCCACGGUCACAGGCGGCAAAUUGAAAACGGAGGCAGAAGCAGACGAAGAGUCUCUGCAGGCGUGUUGGUGGGACCGCGUGUGCCCGCUGCCCCUGCGUGGGCGCGACAUGCUGGGGCUGGUGGGUGCCGCCGUGGCCUAUGCCAGGCUGCCACGACACCCCCACGCCCUACCCAGUGAGCUGCCUUGCCCAGUUGUGUGCCUGCGCGCCACCAUGGUGUGGUGGCCACCUCGCAUUGAAGAGGGUAUGGUGUAUGUACUGGGAUGUGGUGACCAGGAAGUAGAUCCACACCUGCCCGUGACGGUCUGUGGGUUAUCACAAGCAGAAGCCUCCUCCAGCAUCCAGACAGCAAUUACCAGGCUGCUCCAGAAGGUAUGGCCCAGCCCCCCCAAGAUUCACGCCCGAAUGUUGGGGCUGCUGGGGAUACAGCACUUGGCAGGAAGUGGGGUGGACGGUGGUGCUGAUGGGAUCUGCUUCAACAUCCUGAUCACAAUCAGUCCCACAAAGCCAUUGGCGAGUGAAGAUGGUAGCACUUGCCCUGCGGACACGCCAGGAACGGACGGUGGCUGCGAGCUUCCAGUGGUAAAGGAGCCCAGCUUCUGCUGGCACAAGGUAGAAGGAGAAGAUAUCAAAAAAGAACUUGUGUCAAGAAUUGACGCAAAAGCCCUCAUCCCCAUUAACUGAUGCUCCACUGUACAGCUGAGCCGAGAGCCAUGCUGGGGCCAUGCCAGGGUCGUGCCGAGCCAGCCCAGUGCAGCUCUAGAGACGCAAAGUUGUGUUUUCCACUGGACGCAAUAAACUGGUCAAGUCGCGUAUAGAUGACACGGUGACGCUGUGUCCUCACAGAGCACCGACUGACAUCACACGCUAUGGAACGCAUCGUUAGCCCCUUUCCCUGGCUCUCCUUGGCCUCGAGCCAGAUUCAGAUGUCACGUGGGCCACGGUUUCACGGUUUGGUUCCAGCAAGAUAUGGUAAAUAUCCAGUGGGGAAAAAAACACCUCGUACUGUAUAGGCUCCGGUGUUGGCUUGGCCCAAAUGGCUUGAGAAUUCACUUGAGUGUUGGGCAAGCUCGACAUUUGAAAAGCAUGACUUAGUUUACACUUGUGCUUAGAGUUCAGGAACAUUACACGAAUGGGGUUACCAAAGGUAGUUUGCAUAUUAUUUAUUUCAGCUUGUAAUAAUGAUUACUGUUAAUUGUAAUGUACCGAUUUGAAGCUUUCGUGACUUGCAGGAAUUCAUAUUCUUGGUUCUUCCGGUGAUGAUUGCUCGUGUUGCAAUGGAAACGUCGUGAGAAUGUUAUUGUUUUAUUUUUUAUUAUUUUAUUAUUUCCCCUUUCUACGUGACUUUACCGAAAGAAGCAAGAAUAUGUAAUGUACCGGUUGAUUACUUUUUAGGAUUGCUUUUAUUUAAAACAUUUAAUUACUUUAAUCGACGAUUCAAUAUGCUAAUUGGAGUGGAAACACAUCAUGUAACUGGGAAGCAAAUGUAGUUCGUGUAGUGAUGCCUUAGGUGAGUUGAAUAUGACAUAUCAUUCUAAUCAUGUCAUAUCAUAGUUAAAACAAAUAUUUAGUCAUCUAAAUGUUAACAGACGACUUGGAUGAUCCGCAGAUGUAAAUACCACAUACUGUACUCCUGCACAUUAUAAAUCUAAUUUGCGUAUUGACACAUGUAAAUUUUCAUCAAGUUUUUGACAACCAUUUGCUGAUAGCUCCAUUACCAACAAUGGGGGAGAUGUAGGUUUCAUCAGGAUGUAAACCUACCCCAUUUGUAUUUGCUUCAACGAGCUGUCAGAGCUGGGCGAUUCUUUCAGGAAUCGCAUUCCAUUCGUACAAUUCCACCCUGGGUUGUGUCUGCGAUUCUUCUAUGGGCGAUGCCGACUCUACAAUCUCGCGUUGAGUUGAAGGAAGAUGGCAGCACUUGCUCGAGUCCCAUUCGAUUGGGACUCGAUUGGGACUCGAUAGCGGGAGGUGCCGGUGGUAGUUCUGGUCUCGGCAGUAAUCCCGGCGGUUUCCCCCAGUACCAAGCCUGCUGGUAUAAUCCGCGAUCACCAUUGAAGCAGUUGAACAUUACAUAAUAACAACACUAGUCAACAAAAAAAAUACAUUUUUUUCUGGCCUGGACUUUUGCAGCUGUUUUAGACUAAUUUCAGGGUGCUGAUUCCAAGUCUGAUCUCAGAUUUGCUCUAUCACAUCUCAUUUUUAUGCUAUCGGCGUACCCCAUUUUCAUUGAUUUUACCGGAAAUUAACUCUGUCACUUGUGAUUGCAAGUUGUUGCGAGUCAGUGACUGCUUUAGUGUUAAAAUAUGGUGCUGUAUUUUUAGGAUAGUGUGUUUAUAAUAUCAUUUUAUGUAGAUAUCCACAUUUAUUUAAUAUUUUUCUUCUGCAGCUUUUAUUGAAAAUGCAAUAUUUGAUUUCUCAAAAACCUGAUGUGAUAGACAAAAACUGAUUCCAGAUUUGGAAUCAGCACCCCAAAAUUACCUUAAAACCGUUGGAAUACCUUAUGCCAGAAAAAGUGUUUUGACCAGUGUAAUCGAUAUUUUAUAAAGCGCCUAUUAUAUUGAAACUUCUCAAAGUAAAGGUUAAAAUUCAAUGGAAAUGCAACAAAAGCUAAUAAUUAUGACUGCACUCGUAAUAUAGAGAGAAUAAAGAAGAAACUAAUGAAGGCCAACAAUAAUUUUUCAAUUUACAGUAUUAUGGUGAAAUAUCAUCAAACUACAGGCUGUUCAGCUGCACGUUUCAAUGGCGAUUAUCAUCAAUAUGGGCUGGCUGGAACCUGGGUUGAUACGAGCUGGGUGGCAUAAGCCAGAAUUACCAUUUAAUCAUGACAGAGGCAUCGGAGCCGAUGCGUGCCGCACCCUGGCUCCGUGAAGCCCGGCUUCUCUACGAUGCCACGAUUCUGCGAGGAAUUGUGUACGACUGUAGCAAUGGAAUCGUGCUUUCAGCCUAGCUAUCAUGAGAAUCUCUUAGCAUCUGUCAUCAGUGCAAUUGUAAAAGCUCUGUCUCCGUGAAAUAUUUGACUGCUUCAACCUUGAGUUUGUCGUGCGGGAUGUGAAUGCCGUUUCGCUUGAGUGAGUCGCUGGCACAUAAGGGGCUAUUGUUCAAGUACUCCCCUGGGUGAGUGCCUUACACGACUGCCCUUGAGCAGGAAAGGUGAAGCUGAUGCAGGGUACGCACCGACGAGUGUGUUGCGCUCGCGCUUAGGCAGGAGUUUUCUAACUUUGAAAACAUUCCAAAUGAAACGAAAAAUGAAGGGAAAGCAGGUUGGUUAAACUAUUUGUUAAAUUUUAGAUCCGUUUGUUAGACCAGUUUACAGUCAAACACCAACUAUCCCUGGUUUCAUUGUACAGGGCAGGGUUGCCCCCCCAUCCACUAUAGUACAAUAAAGCUGGGACAUACCACGGGAAGAAGAACAUCUCAAUAUCAGAAGACUGGAUGAUUACAUGUAAAAUGUAUUGUCUUGAGUGUGUGGUGUAUUAUUAUUACUAUUAUGUUGAAACACCAGACACAAACGGUGUUAAUGUCUCAGGCGGACAGAUUUCCCAGCACAGCUGCUGCCUCCAAGCGGGAGGAGAAUUCUGGGAAAACCAGGACAGGUGGCAACGCUUGUCUAUUUGUAGCUACCCCCCCCCCCCCCCCCAUUGAUUUAUAAUGAUCCUUGUACUUCUCAACAGCUAAGUGAAUGCUGUGAAAGUCUUGCCACCGCGUCUUGCAGAGGGGAGCGUUAAACGAUGCAAUGAGGGCGUGUAGAUUUUAUUCGUUAUUUGAAUGGGGUAUCUAUAAAUGGAUCGCGGUGCAGUUGAGCUGAAUUGUAAUGCAUAUAUUGGUCUUUCUCCACUUUGUUGUUUUUAGUAGUGUACAUGAGGGCUUUUAUGUGGUGUGUAGAAUGCAAAUGUAAUGUUAUUACAUAGCUCCAAAAGUGAAGGAGGGUUAGAUCGUUCUCAAUAGUGCUUUGUUACAAUUUUAUCAUCUUUUGUGGGGAAAACUAAAACCAAUCUUGAAAAGUUUACAGCAAUUAUGCUUUGCUUAGGUUGUGUUUGUUUGGCAUUUUAUAGGAAAUGGGGACGCACAUCGUAAACAAUGCUGUAUGUUUAGAAACGAUGCUCAAUGAGUUUUACGACUGAGGUGCAGGAUGUUGCUUGUUUCGGGGAUUGCACAGUGCUGAAUGAGACAGGCAACGUCUCUGAGUGGAGUGAUGCGGUACUGUUAUUAAUACUUGCUGGAAGAUGGGCAGGGGGGGGGUAGACUGUGGCUCGUCAGCCGCAUGUGGCUCCUGGGCAGCUUCACAUGUGGCUGGACAGAGACGCGGCUGAGGUGUCAACUUUCACCGCACACGCUAUUGUGCCAGUUCGGUUGGUGAGAUUUUUUUUUUUUGCACAUACGGCUAACCUAUUUCCACCCAAAGAUUUGCUGGAUGCGGUUUGAAUUCGCCGGCAAGUGGCUCCGGAGCCGCGUGCGGUUCUUUAAGGACCGUCUCGUGUUCACGUGUAUAGCGGGCCUCUUGAAAUAUUGAGUUUUUUUUUUAUACCCAAUUCGAAAAAAAAAACUCUUCUUGUUAUUUCGGUAGCGGCACCCCUGGGCUACGCGGUAGGAUGUGGGAACACGUAUGUACUGUUUACGCUACUCGGUCGCCAGCUGUAUUCUGCGGUGUGUUGCGACGCGGUUUUUUGCUUUGUGCGCCCUUUUUUUUUGGAACGCAUCUACCGCGUGAAGUGAGGGAAACCCGUAACUUCAUUUGAAACAGGAAAAAUCUGCCAGCGGCGCCAGACGUGGGUACUCCGGAGGGGCGCUGCCGCAUAUUUCGAUAACCUCAAGUACCACCGCCAACCAUUGCGGGAGAACUGGCCCUGUUACCCCACCUCCCACGUGACCAUCCACAUGGUACCCAUGCUGAGCACGUGCGCCCUCAGGUUACCGUCCGUGACUUGCAUUGCAGAGAAGCUUCUGAGCGUGCUUGGCAAGAGCACCUUGUUUUUUGUGUCUUGUGACUUGGACGUACGAAGAGUUUGGUUUUUGGCUCGGGAGGAUCGGGACGUUUGUUCACCUUGUGCUGUGGCUGUAAUGUUAUGGCUGUAAAACGGCAGUUUUUAAAUAUUGGGGACAUUUUUAAGUCUUUAAAAUGGUUUGCACAAGUCAAUUGUCGUGUACGAAUGUAAAAUAUAGCUAACUUUACAAAUAUUUUUUUUGAAAGCAAACUGUUUGCCCCAUCCACGAAACCUGUUUUAUCAAUGGCUAUUUACCUGGUAGCAUAUAAGUAAUUUAAAAUACCUUCUGGGAUGGCAUUGUAAAUCAAAGGUGUGUGACUGGAAAUGUGCUCUAUGGAUAAUCCCGUGGUGAAAUACUAAGCACACUGCGUUUGCAGUCCAGAGGCAGCUGGUUCGAUUCGAUCUCAUGGCACAGCAGUGGAAACAAUGGGACACGUUUCUUAACCCCCCCCCCCCCUUACUAUUUCCCUACUGGGUCUGAGAUGUUAUCUCCCUCGCCUGGUAUGUAGGAGGUCGUGGGUUCGAUCCCGACCCUGACGCCUGUAUAUUUGGAGUUUGCGUGUCUCUCUCCCCGUGGACGCGUGGAUUUUUAUCCGGGUCCUCCGGUUUUUCCCUCCACUUUUAGAAAUAUAAGUUUAGAGUAUUUGGCUGAUAUAAAUUUCCAAAUGAUAAUCCACUUCGUUGAGCUAUAAUUUGUGACCAGCUCGCUUCUGAAAAAGUGCUAUAUAUCUCAAUGGGCCUUACCUGGUAAAAUAAUAGCAGUAAAUGAGUUAACCGCAGUCGAUGAGCAGGUAGUGUGUGGUGGGCUAGAGUGUGGGUGCUUCCACCUCUUUCAAGACGUGGGAGAGUAGGCAAAAAUACCCUCUAGAAGGACUCUCUAGAGCUCCUAGUGGAGUUCUUUCCAUUAACAGUGGGUUCAGCAAGUAAUUGCAGUGCUGUACCUUUAUCUUUACUGCACUUUACAACGGCAGCCUCACCGCCCGAGAAAAGUGAGUGCUCAUGUAAGCAUCGGACAACACUCGCCACUGACCUGAGCCAGUGGCGGAAAUUCCGUUUUCCUCUGGCAGGAAUCGUACAGAGGACAACUGCUGUCGACUUCUCGCUAAGUGGUGCAGCCUCCCCAGUUGAUGCUCAAUGUACCAACCCCUGGGGGGGUGAUGGGCUGAGCCUACCCAGGUAGGAAAUUGAGCUUGUAAUAUAAUUUUAGCCAGUGGCAUUGUCAAGAAAAACAUAUGGUACAGGUUGUGAAAGUUACAUGUACUUGAAUUACAACGUGUUAAAACAAAAACUAUUUUGUAUUCAUCAACUAUGUUGCAAUAGAAUGCCUAACUUUUGGCACUUUCACUCUUUGCACACUCCUGCAUAUACUUAUGUUUGUUGCAGGUGUUGUCUAAUUUUGCCAUAAGGACAUAUUAAGCACGGUUUAUUGUGUUGCUGUAAUUCUGUAGUUUAUUUUCGAUGCACAUAUUUAAGCUACCGUGAUGCAGAAGGGUAAGCUCGUUAGAUUUGCACACCCAGAGGGUCUGAACCCUGAGGUUUGACUCUUCGUCAGUGUUGUUGAAACACUUGAGCGGCUGUUGAUUUUUCUAUGCAUCUGCAGUAGGGUACACUGCAGCCAAUGUUAUUGGGAAUCACUUCUGGUUUGGAAAGUUGUCCUGUGGGGAGACUGGACCCUGCCAUGGGAGUGUGGAAUUUCCCCCACUAAGGAACUGCCCGCAGUUAUGAGCAAGUUGCUUGAUUGUUUGGGAAACAGUUUGACCUUUUAUUAAUCCGACUUUCAAAAUACGGGGCAUAGUUACGCAGUAAUGUGAUGUCAUAUUAAGUAACUUCACUUUUGAAGUUACGUCCAUACUUUUAUGCCAAAAGUGCCAUCGCAUGCCUCCUUUUGCUUUUAAUCGGCAAAUGUAUAUUACUUGUUCACGUAAAAAUAAUAUCAUUAAGUUAUUUCAUGAUAAAAAAAAUGAUCACAUUCCAUGCAUACACAUAACUUUAUUAAAUGUUAUUCAAAAGUAAAUAAAAAAAAUGCGACAACCAAGUUUUGGCCCAAAAAACUAAAAUAUCAGAAAAUCUGACUUCUGAAAAAAUUCAAUUCUGAAACGCAUGCCGAAGUGGGUAACAUCACCUCUUCCAACUCAUCUGGCCAGCAUGGACAUGAGGUGGGCAUCGUCUCCCUCCGUAUACUCAGGUGUGAGCAACAUUGGACGUACAAGGCGCUCUCUCAUCUGUUGGUGGUCCACAUUUCCAUCACGUAGGCCAGUCUCACCAUAACGACGAUUGCUGACUUCUGUGGUGUACUUUUUUUUGGUAUCGAUCCCAGAGGUAUGAUAGGUUGUGUCGAAAUCCCUGUCGUUUCGCUUUGUAAUUUGUAUCCGUAUUUAUGCCCUUUAAUACAAAGAGUUACGUGUUGACACCACCACCACAUUUAUUUUGGCCAAUCACAAACCUGCUUGGCUCGCUACCACGUGGCUAUUGUAACACAAUAUCUUGCACAUUUACAUGUGAAGUUGCAAUUCAAAAACAUUUUGCUUUGAAGCAUGCUUGAAAAAUGUUUAAACUUUUUUUGUCAUAAGAAUUGUGUUAUUACUGUAGUGAAGAUGACUGGCUGUCUGCGCUGUCUAAUAUUGGUGCCACGAACAUCCCCUGGGUUUUUAAUUGCUGUCCGAGGUUGUGAUUUUUUAAUCGUCUCAGCUUCGUCAACAAUGCUGUAUGCAAUAAAACAAAAUCACGUCUGAAUUUGCAAUUGAUGUAGCAGAAGCCUUUCAGUCACAGUGGCAGGACCCCUGUGCAGGUCAGGCUCGUAGAUAGAUCUGAAAAGGGAAUCAACAUCAUAUGUUGCGUCUAACUUUCUCGCCAAGGAGAUGUCGCUUGGCUGUAAAAAGGGAUCUAGAAUAACCAACAUUAGUUGAGUAAAUGGAAUGUGGUUGGUGAAACAUGGCAUGUUGGGAUUAAUAAGGCGAGGAUUGUUUUUGUGUCGAUGCAACAUGACAGGACCAAUAUGGGAACCGGCACUACACAAAUGACACUCAAUAAAGUUCAUGCAAGUUGA